ACGUACCAGCAUUUGUGCUGCCACCUGGUCGCUUUCCUUUACUCAUUUUUUUUUUGUUCAGUUUUUGAGAGGCAUAAGCGACGCAAGCGGAAGUUAAGGUGUGUUCUUCACUUGACAGGUGCUCAAAAAAAGCGAAUUUUCCUACACAUAUCUGGGCAAGGUGGUGUCCGUGUGCCCUUAGAGUCUGUGCCUCCGUCAGCGAUGUCCACAGGAGAGGAUCAGAAUGUGGAAUGCCCGUUGUGCAUGGAACCGCUAGAAAUGGACGACAUCAACUUCUUCCCAUGCACUUGCCUAUACCAGAUUUGUCGAUUUUGUUGGCACCGUAUCAGGACUGACGAAAAUGGGCUCUGUCCUGCCUGCAGAAAACAGUAUCCCGAGGACCCGGCCGACUUCAAACCGCUCUCAGUAGAGGAGCUGCACAGGAUAAAGAACGAGAAGCGCCAGAGGGACCUGCAGAAGAAACAGAAGCUCUCUGAAAAUCGUAAACAUUUGGCCAACGUUCGCGUUGUACAGAAAAAUCUGGUGUUCGUUGUAGGCUUGCCACCGCGACUAGCGGAAGCGGAAACGCUCAAGAAACAGGACUGUUUUGGUAAAUAUGGCAAAACUCACAAAGUGGUCGUCAAUCAGAGCACCUCGUACGCGGGGCUGCAAGGCCCUUCAGCGAGCGCCUACGUCACCUACUACAAGGCGGAGGAUGCGCUGCGAGCCAUCCAGGCUGUCAACAACGUGAAAGUGGAUGGAAGGACUCUAAAAGCUUCCCUCGGUACCACAAAAUACUGCAAUUAUUUUCUGCGUGGUCAGCAGUGUCCAAAGACGGACUGCAUGUAUUUGCAUGAGUUGGGCGACCAGGCAGCGAGUUUCACAAAAGAGGAGAUGCAACACGGCAAACAUCAGGAGUACGAGCGUAAGCUGCAUGAACAGAUGUUAGCAGCCAACAAUAACGUGGCUGCGUGUGCCCCUCCGCCCGCGGUGGCUCCGGCCGCUGCGCCUGCCGCGACUACUGUCCCGAAGAAGGCCAACAAGCCGCGCAAGCCAGGGCUGGCACCGCGGCACGCUAGGCAAAGCGAACAGAAGGCAGCCGCGGCUGCUGCCGCUGCGGCAGCUGCGGCGAACAACACUACGAGCGGUGGCACGCCACCGGUGCCCAAGGAAAACAGAAGCACGCCGCCCGAGGAUCCGUCGCCAACGUUCACAGCGUCCCUAUCGCCCCCGUCGCCCGAGACGUCGAGGGCUGGUGGAGACGACGCGAUUGCCCACGAAGACGACUUAGGCUUCGACCCGUGGGACGAAUGCUCCAAGGGUCUGGCGGACUUGCUCGAAAAGGAAGCAGUCUCGGCGACCACUUCGACGACAACGGCCGCACCACGGUUGGCAAGCAGCAAUUCCCUCGGCGCUCAUCCUCCGCCUGCUCUGUCAACUCCGCUAUCUACACAGCUGUCUACAUCGCUGUCGACUCCGCUUUCGACGCCACUGUCGGCGCCAUUGGCCACAAGUUUGUCAGCACCGCUACAGGCCCCCUUGUUGUCCAUGCACCAUCAACAGCGGACACCUUUUCUGCAGCCAUCGCGCCCAGCGCCGCCUUUUGAACCUUUGCUACGCAGGCCUCCACCACCGCCGCCGCCAGGUUUUAGUCCAUUCCUAGUGGGACAGCAAACACAGAAACUGAUGCCCCUGCCAACGCACCAGGGGCCAGCCAUGCCUGGUGCCGGGAACGGGCUGGCAGAACUGUGCGCGCUGCGUGAGUCCCAAGAAGCACUUCGCUCGCUUUUGCCCACAGUGAACAUAACCUUUGGGCCACCCCUUGGGGUUGGCCCCCAGGGUGGUGCCGGUUCACACCAUGCACCACACCUGAGGGGACCUCCAUCUUCACAGUUCGGAAACAGCUGUCCCCCACCUUGGGGGAACAGUGCAGUCCCAGACAUGCCCUGGAUUUCUCAGGACCCUGCCAUCCUGACUGGGGGAAGCCUAACAGAUGCCGCCAACAUGGCCGCGCGUUUCUAGGCUUCUCUCUCUACCCGCUGCGCUCUGACCCCAGUCCCCGCCUACCCUCUCAAUUUUUAUUUUCUCUUUACAUCGACCACUGUGUGGAUCGUGAUGAUUUCCACAGAACCAAAAUUUGACCCGGUUAUGUCUUUUUCUGAAAAGACUCCCUAAGGUGCUGCUGUGAAAGCUUCUCUUUUUUUUUUCUUUUCAUUCUCUCUCUGCUUUCUAAAUUUAAGAAAGAAGAAAAAAGAUCCCACAAAGCGAUGGAAUAAACAGUACGCAGUGAAAUUCAAGGCAUUUUGUUGUAGUUCUCACAAGUGUGCCACCUGGAUGGUCACUUGUCUACAGCAAUCUUCUUAGUCUUCAGUAUUAAUUGGCAAAACAGGAGUGCAGAUUAAUCAGCAGCUGUUGCUUGUCACUCUGCUGCAUUAUUUAAUAGCCAUUCAUUCUGCUUUCUGCGGCAAGAAAGGGUAGAUGUGCGUAAUGUUAAGGUCACUUGGGGCUAUAAAACGGUGUCACAUAGGGCUAAAGGUUAGGUUAAAGGGGUCCAGAUAUAACUAAAUUAAGCUGACAAAUUAUCUUGCACCUUGUGAGGAUUGUUAUUGGGUAUUGAAACUCGUGCAAAGUGCAGUAAUCAUUGUGGUUCUGAAGAUAUGGCAUGUACCGGUGGAAGCGGACCUCGGUGAAAGUGGCAGAAGCUGCUAUUUUGUUUGUUAAUUUUUGCCUCCAGAGUCUAUGGCAUAGGGUUCUUAAGAUAUUUCUUUCUCUGUCUCUCUCUUUCUGUCUUUAUCUCAUUAACACACUAUAGCUUAGAGCCACAAAUGCACUGUGUUUGUGCCCUCAAGCUCGUAUACUUGAUUUUUUGUGCAGUGUGUGAUGACGUGAAGCUUUCUAUACAAGCAUCUUACCCUUGUUGCAUUUUGUUUUAAGUUUGUUAUAGUGCAAAUAUUUUUUGAGCAAAGCAUUUUUUUUUUUUUUUUUAGUGCUCGUGGCUAUUGUUAUUUUUUGAGCAAGACAACAGUUGAUAUUUUUGUUAUUCAGUUUCACAGUAUUGAUGUCAGUGCUGUGACUAAAUGGAUUUUAUGCAUAAAAGGAACUUCUGUCUUAGUGAUUGUCAAGUUCUCCUAUUUCACAUGGCUCAUUUUCACAGUGCCUUUUCUAAAGGUAGAACAAUGUGAGCAGACAACACAAUAGUUGAGCUUGUAUGUGAGAUUAAACUCCGUUGAUUCUUGAUAAGUCACAGCCCCUUUUUUCUUUUGAAAACCUCAUGAGCCUUGUCAAGUAUGUGACUUUACAGCACUGUCUUGCUCUCCCUAUGGUUUGUGAUGCAAAAAUUGAUGAGCUUAAACUAACAAUGUCCUCCACAGGGUUGCCAACUUGCUCAUGCCGAAAGUCUGGACAAGAGUUGAAUUGGGGGGGGGGGGGGGGGGGGGGCUGCAUGGAGGGAGCUAUGCACUGGUGGAAUCCAUAUGUUCUUUCGUUGAUCUGUGUUAUUAUUUUAUCUGUAUGCUACCUGCAAUACAUUGUCAUCCUUCCAUAGUAAGUCGUUAAAAUUCUUAAGGGACACUAAAGGGAAAGAUGAGUUGACCUGUAAUAGUGAAUUAUGCUUCCACAAUUCCAAAAAGCAUUCGUUGCCAUCAGAGGAGGGUUGGUAAGCCAUAAAAGAGGCAAAAAUGAAAAGAUGGGUGGUGAUGCGGCUCUGAAGUUCCCGCACCAGCUCACCGUGACAUGGUGGAGAUAGGUGGUCUGCUUUAGCUUAGACUAAGAAUGACUACCUUCCAUUAUCAAGGAACCAAAGGGCAGACUUUGCAAGUUUCGAGAACUCUUAAUGUACUGCAACAAGCAAGUAUGAAAAAAUGCUUAAAAUUCAUGUCACUCUGACAUAUCUGUGCAAACAAGAAAACUAACGUUUGCCCUUAAUUUUCUAUUCUAGUAAUCAACCUCUCAGUGUGAAGUUAAUCAUGUAUAGAUUUGAAAGUACACUUUGCCAGUCUAAACUGAUCUACCAUUUUUCUCAAGUGUUCCUGUUCUUCUUUACAUUAAGCUCGGCCAUAAUGUGUUGCAUGUGCAUUUUCAUGACCUUAUCAACAUUUCAUUAUAUGGAAUACUCUCUCUGCACAAAUUCAUCAAAAUUGUGUGAUACAGUUUGGGUAGUUGGAUGUUUUUCAAAGUACAUGUAGCUCACCCAUCCUGUGGAUGACUACAGCCCCCGAGUUUUGUCAUGCAGGCCUCACUCUGGGACAAAUGACCUAAAGGAUAAAGUUGAGACUGACUUUUUGAAGAAAUCUGAGACAGUCCAGCACAAUCCAGUGCAGUUGGCAACCCUAGAUGUGCUUACUGUUGAUUAUAGCCAGGAGUUCAUCAGGUUUAGCUCUGAACAAUGCUUUAUGUCGUUAUAAGAAUGUGGUCAGCUUGUUUGGGCACGUGGCAAUUUUAACACCCUUUCACUGCAUAAGCUGCAUGACCUCUGUUGCAUGUGUUUGUGUAUGUGUUGCGUGCAAGAUGGCAAUCUGAAAGCAGCAAAUGCUAGCGAGUAACAGGGAAAAUACAAAGUUGUGCAUUUGUGGCUUACCUGGAGUGUGUUAAGUUGCAGUGAUCGCUCGAUUGCUGUGAUCACCGAUUCGCUGUCACAGGCAUUAGUAGACAACAAGGCUAGCCAUUUAGUACAUCUGGUGCAAGUAGUGUUUUUGUGACCACCGGAAGGAAAUUGCAUGCAGGGAGUUAUGAGGGACUCUUAUGAAGUGCAUCCUAAACAAACCUGCCUCUCUCAUGGCCACUCUUGCGUUGUAGCUGAAGGACAAAAUGACCAGUGUCUAAAGGACAAAA